AGCUUAGCAUUGUAAGGAUGUGUGGGAAAGACACAAGAAACGCACCGUCAUCCAGCUGGAGUUUAAAGAUUAAAAAAGCAGCAGAGUGUUUUACUCAACAUGUAAAGAUGAGAUUUAUUCAUUAUGGCUCUGAUGUGAAGACUUGGCCUGGGAAGGAACAAAUCAAACACUGGAUGUACUGUGAGAAACGCAGCUGUUCAUGUGCCAAAUGCAGACUGGCAACAGUUUCUAACUUCAAUUAGUUCUGGCUCCAGCAGCUGAUUCUAAGAAUGGAGGAGUAAUGGAGAAGCGAGGAAGCGGCCAGUGAGCCGUUUUAUGUCAGAAUCUAUUAUUUCUGCAGGAUUUAGUUGCUCCACGUGGUGUUGGUUUAGGUCCUGCAGCAUUGCAGUUUACUUCACACCAGUCCUGCACUUGAACUGUUUGCUCAUUGUUGGGAAGAAUGGGGUAGUUUCCAGCACCAGCCAUCAGCGUGUCUCUGCUUUCAGACUGUUGUGGAGGGGGAGGGCUGAGAGGACUGAAGGGUAUUUUUAUAAAGCAUGUGCUCUCCUGCACGUCUGACAGUGAUAAAGUAGCGGGUCACACACACGGAGUUGAGCACUGGGCUCGAACUGCACCGAGCUAAACCCAAGGACGCUCGCUCCAACUUUCCUCAUUCUCAAGAAGGAAACCAUGAAAGUGGGGACGGAAAACUUCUCCGGUUCAGACGUCAACAUGGAGAAGUUGUACAAGGUGUCGGUCAGGCUGAUCCAGCCUUGGAAGACCGUCCUCUGGCUGCUGGACGCGGCUCUGGACUUUGGAACGGAUCUACUGGCUAGACUGUUAGGAAGCCGCCUGGUCCGACGGCACUUCCACCUGCUGCUGUCUGCCUUGGUUCUGUUUGGACCCCUGCUCAGUUUCUGGGUGUCGAGGUAUAAUGUCUUUGCAAACAGCAACCACUACGUGUACAGGAAGUUUCUCAGGUCCACGUGGGGCUGGACAUGCGUCCUCACUGCCUCCUUCAUCCUCCUCCGUUCGCUGGCUGCACGUCACCCGCCAUCUCUCACCCUGCGCCACCUGUCCCGUGUGGCGGUGGUGGGCCUGCUGUGGCAGGGGGGCCAGCGCCUGCUGACGCUGCUGGAGGACGCAGCCGGGGCCUGUUACGAACCUCUGAGCCCACAGGACGCCGAAGGCGCCGCCGCCGCCGGACAGCUGCCCCUUCUCCUGCACGAGGACUGGACCAAGGCCUCGUGCCUCAGAGCCAAGCUGGUGUGGAGAGGAUACGACGUGUCCCAGGACGUGCUCGUCCUCUGCCUGUGCUGUCUGCUGCUGGUGGAGGAGCUGUCCGUGUUCCACCCUCACCUCGGCCAAGUGAAGCCACCACACGGAUCCCAGGGGCUCCCGUUACGACUGGUCUUCCUCCUGUGUGCACUCCUACUGGCUCUGUGGGUGUUCCUGCUGCUUUGUUUGCUGGCACACUUUCCCAAGUUCCCUGCCCAGCAGUUGGGGGGAGCUCUUGGCUACUUGGGCUGGAGAGGACUCUAUCAGGGCUGGUACAGGUUCAGGUCGAGCUGGGGCUGUCCAGGUUUGCCGAGUGAUGGACUUUUCACCUCCGCGGACGCGAACAAAGAGCCAAGAUAAGAUGGAAGUGGGUAGGUGACAUUUUGGGGACAGUGGUGGAAAGAAGCUGAAGAUGCGAGCAAGGUUUUGUCAAGACAGUUGAUAAACAUACAUGGUCACAUUGGACGCCACUCAGAUCACAACCACCUGGAAAGAAAAAAAUCAGUGAAGCCAACGGUACCAGAAUCAUGUUGCUUUAUUUUGUCAUGUGAAACCAAACUGCAGCCCAGUAAGAAGAAGCCGUUUCUACCACAGGGGGAGUCCCGUUACUUUAAGACAGUGUCAUAAAACACUGGUUGUAUCCUAGAAAGCCAGUGAGGGAGAGUUUGCUGGCGUCGCUCUCAGUAGAUGAGAGCUUUCCCGUCUCCUCUGGGUCUCUUAAUCUUGUCGUAGUUCUUGUUAAUGAUAUCAAACAGCACAGCCUGCGGGGGCAAAUAACACACACACAAAGUCAAAUACAGAUAUCCAACGUCCUUUAAAUGGCAGUUUAAUCGCUGUAAACACGACAGCUGUGACCUUACAUAUGUGUUGCGGAUGUCCAGAACCACGAGGCGGAGCUCACGGUACUGAUACUGGUCGAGCUCGUGAACCAGCUGUCUGUAGUCUCCCUGCAGCACAGAGCAGACACACACAGCGGGGCGUUAGCCUGACACAUGCAGGCGUAGGAUCUGAACCACGUGCACACAAACAUGAAGUGAAGUGCAGGAGACACUCACCACGUGUGGCUGUUUGGAGGCUUUGGCCACAGCAUCACCUCUCUCACUGUAGUAUCUGGUGAAGCAAAGAGAAGAGAGAUGUUUUUCAUCCUUCAUUUUAAAAGUCAUAGCUAGAUCACUAGUCUCUAAAGUUCCACUAUCUAAAUGUUUUCCACAGAGUCACGCAGACUGUCAAGGCUUCAGGCCUGUGUGAACUGCCUUAGUUCAAGUCUGUGGCAUAUUUUGAUAUUUUGUUAUGUGUUGCACCAGAACAAUUAAAGACCUUCAUUAUA